AUGGAGAAGAACCUCCCAGAGAAGGAUGAUCAGCCCAAACACGACGCACCGUCACCCGACUCCUCCGCUGCAAUUUCAAAGCCUAAUGACGAUCACAAGUCCACUAGUGCAAAGCCUGAGGAUGAUCAUAAGUCCACUGACACAAAGCCUGAUCAUGAUGAUCCCAAGUCCACCGACACAAAGCCUGAUCAUGAUGAUCCCAACUCUACUCCAAAGGCUGAUCAUCAUAAUAUUGAUGAUCAUGAUCAUAAGUCCACUGCAAAGCCUGAUGAUCAUAAUGCCAAUGUGAAUCCAUCCGAGACCGCGGUUCAUCUUCAUACCGACGGUGAUGACCCGGAUUAUGAAAUCAAAAAGCACCAAGAUCCGAAUGAGAAUGAGAAUGAGAUUAAGACUGAGAAUGACGGUCAAAGCGAUCCGGUAGUAGUUGAAGAUCCAGUUCCUGAACCCGAACCCGAACCAGAAGAAGAUCCCAGCCUCGAGAAGGUGUCUGAAGACCUGGACCGCUGCAUCUCGUCUCUGCCCAGCGAGAAAAAUGAAAACGACGACGGCCUCAGCUUUCCGGAAGAGCUCCCUAAGCUGGUGGAAAAGUUCAUGAAUCUGGUUGAAGAUGAGGUCAUAGCGAAACGCGACUCGGGGGAGAGCAAGAUCAAGUGGUGCCAGGUGCCAGAGGAGGACGCGUCGUUCUUGGAAGCUCUGGAUCGGAUAAGGAGGCUGAGCAAGUAUCUGUCUUUCCUUGGAUUGAAAUUCGAAGAGAGUCACGGCGCAUUAAUCAACCGCCUCGGAAGCAUUCAGCACAGAGCCUUGUUGUAUCUCGAAGAAGAAUUCAGAAUGCUUCUCGAAGAAUCUAGACACUGCACGGAGCCUAAUACUCCCUCGGCUGGUGAUAAAGACCACAACAGCCACGGCAAUAAAGGCGGGAAUAAUAAUAAGCAGCAGCAGGAUCAAGAACAGGACCGCUGCAUGUUGCCGGACUAUUCUGAGUCACGCGGCGGCGGAGAUCAAUUACAAGCUGAUAUUUGUCUUGGAUACGCUCAGGAGGUGGUGAACAAUCUGAACAAGAUAGCCAAGGAGAUGAUAUCAGGUGGAUACGAAACCGAGUGUUGCGAGGUUUAUACAAUCUCGAGGAGGCUUGCUUUCGAUGAGACUCUGCACAAGCUGGGCUUAGAGAAGCACAGCCUCGACGACAUUCAGAAAAUGAACUGGGAAGCGCUGGAGAGAGAGGUCGUGUCGUGGAUCAAGGCCUUCAAGGAAUGUGCCGCCGUCUACUUCUCCGGCGAGCGCAAGCUAGCCGAGGUCGUCUUCGCUGACUACCCUUCCAUCUCAUCAAGCCUGUUCAGCAAUCUGACGAGAGGAGUGAUCAUACGGCUCCUGAAUUUUGCCGAAGGGAUUGUGAUAUCGAAGCGGUCGGCGGAGAAGCUAUUCAAGACGCUGGAUAUGUACGAGGCCUUGCGCGAGGUGGUUCCAAAAAUGGACAAUUUGUUUCCCGUGGAGUGCGUGAACGAGCUGAAAGCGGAGACCACCACGGUUCGGAGCCGGCUUGGGGAGGCGGUGAUUUUCAUUUUCUGUGAUCUGGAGAAUUCCAUUAAGGCUGAGACUGGGCGGAACCCGGUCCCGGGUGGUGCGGUCCAUCCGUUGACCCGUUACAUGAUGAAUUACCUGAGGAACACGUGCGAGUACAAGGAGACGCUGGAAUUGGUAUUCAGAGAGCACUCGAAGAUCGAACGUGCCGACUCAACGAGCAGGCCCGAUCAUGACUACGAGGCAGGGGAGGGAAUGUCGUCGGGGAACGCGAACGAGCAGAGCGACCACCAAUCUCCGUUCUAUUUGCAGCUGAUGCGAGUGAUGGACUUGCUGGACUCGAAUCUGGAGGCGAAGGCGAAGCUGUACAAGGACUCGGCGUUGAGCUCCAUCUUCAUGAUGAACAACGGCCGCUACAUCUUGCAGAAAAUCAAAGGGUCGACGGAGAUAAACUCGUGUAUGGGGGACACGUGGUGCAGGAAGAGGUCGUCGGAUCUGAGGCAGUACCACAAGAACUAUCAGAGAGAGACGUGGAGCCGGCUGUUGCAGUGCCUGGGCCACGAGGGGCUGACCGUGCACGGGAAGGUGGCGAAGCCGGUGUUGAAGGAGAGGUUCAAGAGCUUCAACGCCUUGUUCGACGAGAUUCACAAGACGCAGAGCACGUGGGUGGUCAGCGACGAGCAGCUUCAGUCGGAGCUCAGGGUUUCGAUAUCGGCGGUGGUGAUUCCGGCGUACCGGUCGUUCUUGGGGAGGUUCUCGCAGGUGCUGGACCCGGGGAGGCAAACAGAGAAGUACAUCAAAUUCCAGGCGGAAGAUAUAGAGACGUACAUUGAUGAGCUAUUUGAUGGAAACCCCAAUUCCUCCAUAUUCAAGAAAAAACCAUGA